AUGCUUAGACGAUGCCUGCUUGCACAGCUCGUGCGCCGCUCGCCGAUUCUCUUUUCGGGGGAAAGGGAAGCGCUGUUUGAGCGCUAUAGUGAGAUUGAAAACGCCCACUCACGACGCAUUGAGGCACUGAAGAACGCUGGUCUCUUCAAUGAUGAGUGGAUUGCCACGGAAAAGGUCCAUGGCGCUAACUUUGGCAUCUACUCAACAGAACACGGAAAGACUCUUCAGUACGCAAAGCGGAGCGGCAUCAUGCCGCCGCACGAGCAUUUCUUUGGCUACCACAUACUGAUACCAGAUCUCGCAAGGUAUGCCCAGAAAGGCCGAGAACUGCUCAUGGAACAUCUCGGCUCUUCACCCAGCACCGUUAUUAUUAACGGGGAGCUCUUUGGCGGCAAGUAUGACCACCCAAGCGUGCCAAAGCGGCGGCAGAGCGUGAUGGUGGCCGGCAGGCCGCGCACCAUUACAGCUGUGCAGAACAACGCCUUCCCACAGUACUGCCCAGACCUGCACUUCUACGCCUUCGACAUCAAGUACCGGAUGACCGAGGAAGAGGAUUACUGCACUAUGACAUACGACGAAGCCCUGGCCAUCUUUGAGAAAAUUCCGGGCCUGCUCUACGCGAAGGCUAUCAUUCGAGGGCCACUGAACAAAGUGACCGCGUUUGACGUGGAGCACUUCGUCACGACAAUUCCUCCGCUGGUGGGGAUGGGCGACUACCCGCUCAAGGGAAACUGGUCGGAGGGCCUCGUGGUAAAGCACCGCCGUCGUGGCGAGCCCGGUUUCGACCCAAAGGGGCUCACCAUCAUGAAGUUGAAGUGCACUGCCUUCCAGGAGAUCUCGACCGAUCGUCGCCAGGGGCCGCGUGUAGACGAGAUGGAGGAGGUUCGGCGGCAGUCCAUCCAAGUCUCCGGCGUUCAGCUACCGGACAUGGAAAGCGUCAUUCGAGAGCCCGAGGUGCGCCAGGCGACACAGCACCUACUUAGCCACGUGUGUGAAAAUCGCCUUCAGAGUGUCCUGUCCAAAAUCGGUACCGACCCGUUCGAGACGCAGUCUAUGACUCCCAACGAGCUCUCCACGCUGCUCGCAAAAGAUGCGCUGAAGGACUUCUUGAAGGAGGUGGACGCAAAGAUCAUCAACGCACCGCUACUCAUCCGCCGCGAGAUGACCCGCUACGUUCUGUUCGAGGCGCGCAAGUACGUUGCCAGUAGAUGGAAGGACAUCCUCGGGCAGCAAAAGAAUGCAGACGGUGAGUCAUGA